AUGCAAUCUACCUUCUUGAAGUUAUCCGUCUUAGCCGCUUUGGCCUCUACUGUCGUUGCCACUCCUCCUGCAUGUUUGUUGGCUUGUGUCGCUCAAGUCACUAAGGACUCAGACUGUAGCGGUUUACAAGAUUUCGACUGUAUCUGUUCCAAUGAAUACAGUUCCGUUGAAGACUGUUUGAACUCCAUCUGUCCAAAUGGUGACUCCGACACUGCCGUCUCCGCUUUCGAAUCUACUUGUAAGGGUAAGACCAGUGCCUCCAGCUCCAAGGCUGCCUCCUCAUCCACCAAGGCCUCGUCCAGUUCCGCCGCUGCCUCAUCAUCAUCAUCCUCCUCCUCCUCCUCAUCAUCAUCUUCAGCAGCCGCUACCACUUCUUCUUCUUCCGAAGUCGAUUCCACAUCCUCCUCCGCUGUUGAAUCCAGUUCAUCCUCUGCUGUCGAGUCUAGCUCCUCUGCAGUUGAAUCAUCCUCAUCCGCUGAAGCCACUUCCUCAAGCGUCGCAGCCCCAUCUUCAUCCGCAGCUGCUGUUUCCUCCACUGCUGCUGAAUCCACCUCAGAAGCUGCCACCUCAGAAUCCUCAACCUUGGCCACCUCCACCGUCGAGUCUUCCUCUUCCACUUCUGUUGGCCUGGUUACUUCUCAAACCGGUACCAAUGGUGCUGCUAACAACGCUGCCUUCGGUGCUGCCUUUGUUGGUUUAGCAGGUAUUGCCUUCUUAUAA